AUGACGAACGUGCCAUCCGACCCCAAUGGACAGAAUGGGCAGAUACAUACGCAUGUCCCGCUAUUCAUUGACGGUACUCCGGUCCUAAGGACAUACGACACCCAGAAGCAUCAGCCUAUCGAAAACGGUUACUUUCAAGGAGCAGGUAUUCCUGACUGCGAAGAGGCUGUGGCGAGCUGUAGCAGAAGCUUCCUCGAAUGGUCAGAAACGCCAGUAACUUACAGGCGCGAUCUGCUCCUCCGGCUGGCAGAGAAGCUGCGUGAUCGUCAAGACGAAGUCAGGGGCAUCAUUAAGGCAGAAAUUCACUGCGCAGAUGAAUGGGCCUCGAUUAACAUCGCAGACAGUAUCAGACAUAUUGAAGAGUGUGCCUAUCUAGUGACUUCAAGGGCCUUGAGUGGCACAAUCCCCUCCACCAAGGCGAAAGGAUCUUACGGUUUAGUCUUCACUCGCCCUCUCGGCGUCGUCUUGGGUAUUGCUCCAUGGAAUGCUCCUCUGUUCCUCGGGUUUCGAGCAGUAAUCGCACCAUUGGCUAUGGGAAACACGGUUAUUCUCAAAGGUUCUGAGUUGAGUCCUCGCACUCACUACUUUAUCGCCGAGUUGUUUGGACAGGCUGGCUUCCCUCGGGGAGUUGUUAACUUGGUCCUCCACCGACCAGAAGAUGCCCCUAAUAUUGUCGGAUGCCUUAUCCAAGAUCCUGCUGUUCGAAAAGUUAACUUUACAGGCUCAACUCAAGUUGGGCGUGCUAUUGCUCAACAAGCUGACCAGGCUCUGAAGCCAGUGCUGCUAGAGCUAGGUGGGAAAAACUGUUCCAUUGUUCUCAAGGACGGUGACGUGGCCCAAGCUGCUGAGUCUGCGAUCAUUGGCGCAACUUUGAAUGUAAGCAUGCUUUGCCUUAUUUCCUGGAGAUCUUAUUUUUCGCUUCUGUCUACUCCGUGCACAGUAUGCCGUCACGAGCUGGAGAUAUCGGAGUUCUGGUCAAUGUUAUGA